CUCCGCCUAUCUGCUACCAAAACAAACCGGCGCAAAAUACCGGCAUAUUGUAUAGGAUCUAACUCGCCAAUCUGCGAUCGUUUUCAGCCUUUAUUGACACUUUAUGCUACAUUUUUUACUGUGAUAUGUUACUUUGGAAUAUGAUUCACUCAAAACUCUAAGAUGUCUGGAAAUCGACGACUUGCAAAGAGGUCUAUUGUCGGAACAAAAGUCUGCGCCCUGUGGAAAGAUGGAAGGUUUUAUCCAGGGGUAAUUACCGACCACUCGGGCGAACUUAGCAUCGCCGACGAACAGAAAUACACCGUUGUAUUCGACGACGGAUUUCAGAAAAGUGUGUACGCAAGACAUAUUAUUGGACAUGGAUUUCAGCAGAUCAAUUCGUUUCGCCUCAAACACGGACAGAAAGUGUUUCUGACGGCACACGGCCGAGAGGUAAGCGGGGUAGUCGUCUGUCACGACACAGAUAGCGACCAAGUCGUGGUGAACGUCAAACUGACAGGCGGGGAGGGAGUUGACCUGGAGGUCCGAUCCGAGGACCUGAGACUUCUGGAGAGUCGGAAGUCGGCCCGCCUCGUGGACCAGGACACGGACUACUCCAAGCUGGCGGACAUCUCCGUGGCGGAGUCCAAGAAACGUCCCGUGUCAACCGUCAUCGACGUCCCCAACGUCAGAGCGCAACGCUACCGACGAUCGUCGUCGGACCAGGAGGAUGACGACGUUAAGGGCGAUGACGUGGAGAUGAUGGACGAGACAAUAGCCGCGAUGGUGCUGACCAGUCUGUCCUGUAGCCCCGCCUCUCCACAGUUCCACGGCUCCUUCACAGAACAUGGCUUCAAGUCCACCACACUUUCCACAAGCGCUAACAGCAGUGGGUUCCACUCAGAGAGGAGCGACCCCUCGCCCCCCUCCCACCACCUGAGUGGGAGCGCUCCGGCGGAGUUCGUGGUGGGGUCAUUCCACAAGGAUGAUGGGAUCGACAUCGAAGAUUUUGAGGACGAGACCAUAGAUGUAGACACGGUUGAACCGAAGAGAAAACGACAGACACACCUUCGCCUGAGGUACCAGUGUACCUUCCCCGGCUGUAGUCUGGUCACUGAUACCUGUGCUAGUAUCGAGAAGCACGUGCGCACAGCUCACCUGGGAGGCUCCGAGUCUGACGAUAGUCGGUCGGACGGGGAGGAGGAAUUUUAUUACACGGAAAUCGAGGUCAACGUGGACAACGUGACCCAGAAAUUCUCCGAGAUGUGCACGUCAUCCCCACCGGAAGUCGUCGGUCCACUUUCUCCCUCCAUUCCGGUGCCAGAUCACGACUACCAGAAAAAGGAUCACAACACAAAGUUUCAGGCGUCAUCCGUGCCAUCUAGCGGCUUCUUUCAUCAAGGUAUUACCCCAAUGUCUUUCUCCAACCCCCCUCAGAUGAAGAGAUCGAUGUCAUGGCAAAGCAGUGCGCAUGUGUCGUCACCUCCAACCCACUCGCUCUCUCCCCCGAUCCGAGUGACGAAGCCCACCCCACAGGAGCGCUUACAUCAACACCAGGCGCAGUCGCCCAAGUCUCACCUAUACUCGGUCUCCCCCAAAACCACGGGGUUCCACAAGAAACCGCGCAGCGAGGUCCGGAAAUGCCGGAAAGUGUACGGGAUGGAGAACAGAGACCAGUGGUGUACCCAGUGUAAGUGGAAGAAGGCCUGCUCCAGAUUCGUGGAUUGAUGAAUCCGGUCCGUCUUGUCUGGAAUCCGCGCCAUGUGGACAAUUUUUACAUUUUGCGAAACCAUGGACGCUUAUUUCCAGAGUAAAAGGAAAUAUGAAAUAACGAUAUCUCCACUGCUGAAACUUAAUGUCUUUUAUGACAUUUUGUUAUUUGCUCUAUAGACCAAUGAUUAAACAUGGUUUAAAAAAAAACUUGUAUGGCAAAGUAUAUGUUAUACACUUAUGAAUAGCCAUGCAAGGCGUUGCACUUUGAAACUAAAGAGGCGCAACUGUUUUCUUAUAUACAUUUACUACAAUUUGUCUUUAAAAACCUAGAUAAUAACUUUUUCUUUCUUUUUUUCUUUCUUUCUCUAUCACUCGUCACUUUUUUCUUUCUUUCUACUUUUAUUUUUAUUUGAGUGAUACUGGGGUUGACAUUGAUUGCGUCAUCUGUGUACACGUCAUCCACGUAACACGCUUCACUCGAAAUCUUGUCAUCAGCUAUCUCAGGUUGUAUUUUGUUACCGAUUAUAUUUGAAUAUAAUUAUUCGACUUUGCAGUGCUUUUUUUAAGUUUUGUUGGUUAUUUUACAAAUGUAGUGGACUUAAAUUUUACGAAGUUCUUGUUGAACUUUGAACUUUUGAACCGAAUGUCUUGGUUAUCGAUUAAAUGUAUCAUAGUGAGCCUUUUUACGGCGUAUAUUCUAGUAUUUAAUAUUAUACAGGUAUAUUGGAUUUUAUUGCAGAUCCGUUAUAGAUCAGUUAUUUUAUAAGCCGUCUUUAGAUUAUCAUUUUUAAUUUUAACUACUCGGAACUACUGCUUACCAACAGAUUGUUGAUUUUUUAUUUAGUAUAAAGGAGUUAAUCCUGUAUGGUCGACUAACAUAGAAAUACCGGUUUUAGUUUCCUUAUUUUAAAAUCAUUUUAAUUAUCUUUUAAUUUACAUUUUAACUGAUCUCAAAGUUGGUGUAGCAUUGUAAUUAUGACGUCAUGUAGCCAGAAUAAUAUCUGUUUCACUAUUCAAUCAUUGUUGUGGGCGUGUGUAUACAGGCGCCCUAUCUACAUUAUCAUUAUAUUACUGAUAUGUUUUAUAUGUCGUCGUCUUUCAUCGAGUAUCACCGGUCUUCAGUGGGAGUGUAAAUAUAUUCACAAUAAAUAUUCCAUAGAUAUAUCUAA